UUUUUUUAGAUCAAAAAAGACUUAUAAUAUUUAACGUUUUUAUAAUUUAUUUAGAUUAUAUAUUAAUUAUAAAAAUUAAUCAAUUGAUAAUUGGUUAAACUUGAGUUAUUUUUACGUCAAAUUAUUAUACAUUUUUUUGUUAAAUUUAUGGUUUUUUUAUUAAUUUGAAAAUGAGGUGGAGAUGAGAUAAAACUUGAAGCAGGCUAAUUAUAUAAUAAUAAAUAGAAAAAAAAAUGAUUAUUACUCCAAUAUUUUUGAAAAAAUUGACAAGUCAUGUUGUCGUACCAUUUGCUGUUCGUUUAUUUACAAAACAAGCCAAGAUGAGUGACACUUUGACUGAAAAUAUAUCUACCUCCAGUGAUUUUUUUUUUCGUCAGUUUUUUGAUCCAAAAUCAAGUACAUAUACAUAUCUCUUGGCAGAUAUUGAGACGAAAAAAGGUAUAAUUAUCGAUCCAGUUAUCGAAUGGGCUGAUAGAGAUGCACAAAUUAUUAAUGAACUUGGUAUUGAUCUAGUCUAUGCACUUAAUACACAUAUGCAUGCGGAUCAUAUAACUGGAAGUGGAAAAUUAAAAAAUUUACUGGCUGGAUGUCGAUCAGUGAUAUCACGUGCAAGUGGUGCAAAAGCGGAUAUCCUGCUGGAUCAUCAAGAUCAUAUUACUUUUGGAAGGCAUAAAUUAGUUGCUCAUUCUACACCAGGACACACAGAGGGAUGCAUGACUUUUGUUUGUGGUGAGCAGGGAAUUGCUUUUACUGGUGAUACUUUGUUGAUUCGUGGAUGUGGACGUACUGAUUUCCAGGGUGGCUCGGCAGAAAAACUUUACAAAUCAGUACACUCGGUGAUAUUUAAAUUACCUAGAAACUAUCGUUUAUAUCCAGCCCAUGAUUAUUCAGGUAAAACUGUGAGCACAGUUGCAGAAGAGCAGGCAUUUAAUCCACGACUGACAAAAACUCUCGAUGAAUUUAUCAGGAUUAUGGAAAAUUUAAAUCUCGCAUAUCCAAAAAUGAUUGACGUUGCUGUGCCUGCAAACAAAGUUUGUGGCAUCUACGAGCUUCAAGUGGCAAAAGAGUAAAAGCAGAAGAAAAAAAAAAAA